GCUCCGUCUGGCAUGUCUGCCUUGCACGUGUUUUCGAUCGAAACCGAGGGAAUACAGUGAAACAUUUACUUUCUGUAAAACAAUGUCAUAAUUGUUGCAGUUACAAUCACCGAGACGCAAUGGCACCUAGAAGGAACAGAUUUCGCGAUCGUCCACCUGUCAGCGAAGAAAUAUUAAGAAAACAUGGCAAAGGCGAGGGAAUUGAUUUGAGAAAGAAAACAUCUAGGAUACAGAGCCAAGUGAUAAGACGGAAGUUAAAGACCAAAGAGAAUGUUAUAAAUCGUACUGUGGAGGAAACUGCACGUGCAGAAGUGCUUUUAACGGGAGAUUACGGUUGUUUGGAAGCCGAUCCCGGAGAAGUAACAACGCGUUUCAAGCAGAAACAAAUUGCAGAUAGUGUGGACAUAACCAGUGCAGCCAAGCACUUUACACUGAACUUAGAAUUCGGUCCUUACUCUAUAAGAUAUACCAGAAACGGUAGACACUUGGUUCUCGGUGGAAGGAAAGGACAUGUAGCUGCUUUGGAUUGGGUGACAAAAAGAUUGGCAUGUGAAAUGAAUGUAAUGGAAUCGGUCCAUGAUGUGGCAUGGCUGCAUCUAGAAACAAUGUUUGCCGUUGCACAGAAAGACUGGGUGUAUAUAUACGACAACCAAGGGAUUGAAAUCCAUUGUUUGAAAGCUAUGAAUAAAAUUAAUAAGCUGGAGUUCUUACCUUAUCACUUUCUGCUUACCAGUGCAUCUAGGGAUGGUUAUUUGGCCUGGCUGGAUGUCUCUAUAGGGAAAUUUGUAACAUCUUACAAUACUAAAUCAGGAAACAUAGCAGUAAUGACUCAAAAUCCAAGUAAUGCUUUAUUAUGCACGGGUAGUGCGCAAGGUGUAGUCUCUAUGUGGUCUCCAAAUAGCAGAGAACCAUUAGCAAAAAUGUUAUGCCACACUCAAGCCAUAACUGCUUGUGCUGUCCAUCCGUAUGGAACUUACAUGGCAACUAGCUGCCCAGCUAGGUUUGUGAAGGUGUGGGAUAUCAGGCAGUUGGCAGGCCCUGUGCACAAUUAUCGUACAAAUUCCCCUGUUCAACACUUAUCUUACAGCCAGUGUGGUCAGUUGGCGAUGUCCAUGGGGAAUUUGGUAGAAAUUUAUCGACCCGGCGCGGAUGAAAUGAAACCAUACUUGAGGCACAAGGCUGACUGGACUGUAACGAGUAUGCAGUUUUGUCCAUACGAGGAUGUCUUGGGUAUUGGUACAACAAGAGGAGUAUCGUCUCUCUUGGUACCCGGAAGCGGGGAAGCUAACUACGACGCUCUGGAAAGCAAUCCGUUCCAGACUAAGAGCCAGAGACGCGAGAACGAGGUGAAGGCUCUGCUAGACAAAAUUCAGCCGGAAUUAAUUACUUUGGACCCGGUUGCCAUAGUAGAAGUAGAUGUUCCUACUUUGAGAGACAGAAUCGAGGCGCAGAAGAAACUUAUCCACGUUAAGCCAAAAGAUAUAGACUUUAAACCGCGUAGAACGAAAGCCAAAGGAAAGGGAGGCACUGCCAAAGUAAUUAAAACUAAACAGAUUCUCAAGGAUUUAAGUCGAAGGGAAACCUUCGAGAAUGUACGCCAGACAGGCAUACGGCCAGAUGAGAAGAAACAGGAAGAACCUAAAAGAGAUUAUGGAGUGUUAAACAGAUUUGUAUCGAAGUCUACUAAAAGUACAGCUAGAUAGUAAAAUAAAAUUCAAAACUGUAUAAUUAUUUUAAAUUUAAGGAGGAUCGUUUCAUUGUGUAUAUUUGACUAUAAAUUGUAACUCGAAUAAUUGCAAAUAAACUUUUUUUAAGAA